AUUUCCACUUUCGUUUCUCCCGGUCUCGAUGAUGGAGGGUCGGCCACCUUCCAAACCAACGAAUGAGCCUGCCGCCUUCGGGUACCAGACUCGGCUUCUUGAGCGGACUACAUCGCGGAGCGGAGGUGGUGCAGGGUUGCUUCGCAGCAACUCUCAGUCCAGCAAUAUGAGCCUGCUUUCGCAACCCAGCGGCUCGGCUGCACCCGCUCACCCCCGUCGAUGGGCACCCGCACAUCGGGUUACGAACAGUCUCGAUACAAUUCGGGGAAAGUGGGAAGAUCGUGCUCGAGAGGCCAAUCAGGAUUUGCGUUCAUCUUCACCCAUUCGAGUCGGCUCUCCCGUUCAGUUGACGGGCUCGUCGACAUCGUCCUCGGCGUCAGGUCUUUCCUCCCCGACGGGCUCGAUGUACCGCCCCGAUCGUCGCCCAUCCUCCCCUUCAUCGAAUAACGAACACCCCGACUUUCAUCGCACUCCGACAUACAUGAAGCGACAUACCAUGCCUGCGCCCAUCAUCGCCACUCCCUUGUCUCCCAAUACGACGGGAAUAUCUGUCGAGGCAGACUCGCCCACCGCGACGUCUCCGGCGCCCAACCGCAUCCGUUUGCCGCUUGCUUUCCAAUCGUCACAGACCAACGGUUACGGUCAUUCCCGUAGCGACGUGGGUGCGCCUGUUCCAACAAGUCCGCCCCCAAUGCGCUAUCGAUCGCACACACUCGAUGCGGCCUUGACGAAGGAGUCGGCGCCGGCCACCUCGCCUGCCCGGGAGCCAUUUCCCCGUCCCAUUUCAUCGUUCCCAUCACCGCAGAGACGCCCAACAUCCAUGUACGGCUCCAGUGUGAGAACGCCGGUUGAUGAUUCGUUUUCGAAGCCAACCAUCGUCGAGCCUCCGCCCUUGUCGGCGAAUGCAGCGUCUUCUGUGAUGGCCCCUCCCCAGUAUCGAAGCUCCUACAUGGCGAACCGCAGCAAGGGAUCGAGCUACGGCGACCAUCUUGGCAUUGGACGCAAGCUGGGACGGCAUCUUCCGCGGAUCGCCAGCGGUGAUGGGGAGGAGGAGCGUGAUCGUGUUGUGGCACAGCAGCACAGAGAAGAGGAGCAGCGAUCACAAGCGCCGGCGCCCACGGAGACACGCGAGUCAAAACGCGCUGCCCGACUGCGUGAACGGAUGCCGGACACGGAUUUGCCUCUUCCUUCCGAGAUUGCCCCUGGUGCAGAUGAUGUAACGGGGGUCCCCGGUCGUCUUCGACUAUCAAGAAGCGGGGUGCCUAGUACGCCGUCACCAUCACCUUCCGCUCGCUUGACCCGAGGGCUGUGGGCGGAUGUUCAGCGUCAUCACAUGCAGGUCUACGAGUACCUUUGCCACGUCGGGGAGGCACAGCAGUGGAUUGAGGGAUGUCUCGAUGAAGAGCUCGGAUUUGGUGUCGUCGACAUGGAGGAGGAGCUCCGGAAUGGCGUUGUUCUCGCUAAACUUGUGCGGGUGUUCCGACCCGAAAUGGCGAAGAAGAUCUAUGAGGCGGCGAAACUGGUUUUCCGGCACUCAGACAACAUCAAUUAUUUCUUCAACUUUGUCCGAGAUAUCGGGCUUCCGGAGAGCUUCAUUUUCGAAUUGACGGAUCUGUAUGAUAAGAAGAAUAUCCCGAAGGUCAUUUACUGCAUUCACGCAUUGAGUCAUCUUCUUGCUCGUCGUGGGAUGGCAGAAAGGAUCGGCAACCUAUUGGGUGCUCUCAAGUUCUCUGACGAUCAGCUCCGACAGGCGCAGAAGGGUCUGAACGAUGCUGGUGUGACGAUGCCCAACUUUGGAAGUGUCGGGAAAGAGCUGGCUCGCGACCUCAAUGAGGAGCCGGAAGUUGAAGUUGAAAGCGAGGAUGAACGCCGGGACCGCCUGCUGCUUGAGAACGAAGAUUCGAUUCAGGCGCUUCAAUCUGCAGCUCGCGGAUUCAUUGUUCGGCAACAACAGAGAACGAUGCAUGCUCGACUGCAGCUAGUCCAACGAGACCUUGUCAAGUUGCAGGGACACUGCCGGGGUGUACUGGUUCGCCGCAAGUUGGCUGCUGAACGCAAGGAACAACACAGCAUCGUUCCGUUGGUUUUAUCCUUGCAGGCUACAGCGCGGGGUCGGCUUGUGCGAGCGAAAUGGCUGGCCCUCAGGCAGGAACUCGAGAGGUCGUCGCGCUACAUUGUGAAGAUCCAAGCUCAGCUUCGAGGCGUGCUCCAGCGCAGGAGGUUCGCCCGAUUGAAGGCUGCUCUGCGGACGAGUAGUGUGUCUGCGACCAAGCUACAGUCUAUGGCAAGAGCGAAACUAGCUCGUGUCACUCAUCGACAAAUCAACAAGUCUUUCGAGCAGUCGCCCGUGCAGGGCUCGGUCGUUUCUCUCCAAGCACGGGCGAGAGGUGUUUUGGCCAGACGGGAGGCCCGGCUGCGGUACCAGCAGCUCGGACGGAUGGUGCCCAUCUACGUGGCGUUGCAGGCUCAUUGCCGGGGUGUGCUCAUGCGCCGGCGAUUGCGCAAUCAGUUGGCCAAGCUGGAUGAUGUGUCUGACAUCGUUGUCCGGAUCCAGGCUGCCGUUCGGACGUAUCUGGCUCGCAAACGACUGCUGGUGCUCAUCCGGGCGGCAGCAGCACCGGCCGUAACGAAGGCGCUGGCCCAGACACAUACGAUUGUCGCUGUGGGCGGGCUGCAGGCUUUAGCUCGUGCUUCUAUCGCCCGAAACCGGCAUCGCGAGUUGACUCGCACAUUGGACUUUAUCGCGCCGGAUGUUCGCUCAUUGCAGGCUGUUUGCCGCGGUGUGCUGGUCCGUGGAGAGUUCUGGGCGUGGAGAGACCAUGUCCGCCGAAGUCAUCCAAUUGCGACGCUGCUGCAGGCCAUGUUCCGGGGCACGAUGCAGCGCCAGGCGUACCGGGCCAAGAUUGACUACUACCGUGCGAAUCUGAAAAAGGUGGUCAAGAUCCAGUCGCUGUUCCGAGCCAAGGAGACCAGAGAGCAGUACCGCCAGCUGACCCUCGGGACCAAUGUUUCCGUGGGCACGAUCAAGAACUUUGUGCAUCUGCUGGAUGACUCGGAGAAUGACUUCCAAGACGAGGUCAAGGUCGAGCGGCUCCGCAAGCGAGUUGUCGAGAGCAUCCGUGAGAACCAGACAUUGGAAAGCGAAUUGAGCGAUCUCGAUGUGAAGAUUGCCUUGGUUGUGCAGAACGUCCAGAGUUUCGACACCCUUGUCCGAGCCAAGCGGCUCGGUGCUGAUAAUGCUGCAGCACUCGCUGCUCGAGCGUCUUUGCUAGCUGCUUACGGCGAUCCGUUCUCUGGUCCGAACACUAUCGAUCAAGCUGCGCGACGGAAGCUGGAGCUGUACCAGCAGCUUUUCUACCUUCUUCAGACUCGACCAGAAUAUCUCAGUGCGCUAUUCGUCCAGCUGGCAGCCAAUUCGGCGCUCGAGAAGAACCGGCGGUUCACCGAGCGUGCUGUGCUCACCAUCUUUGGUUUCGGUCAAGAUCGUCGGGAGGACUUUUUGCUGCUCAAGCUGUUCCAGCUUUCUGUGCAGGAGGAAGUGAGAAGCGCUGCCACUGUUCACGAUAUUAUCCACGGCCACCCUGUGUACAUCAACAGCGCUGUGCCGUAUGUUCGUGCCAAGCUGAACAACUAUGUCCGGGAAUCACUCCAGGGCAUUGUCCGCCGCAUCGUCGACCCUCCAGCUGCUGGAGAGCCUCCGAUCGACCUCGAGACCGAUCCUUCUGCGAUUUGGCGUGCUCGUGUCGAGCUCGAGGAAAUUCACCUUGGGACUGCUACAAACAAGCGCAAGGAUCUCAAUUUCCGCGAAGCGAUUGAAGAUCUGCCUACCCGAACUGCCUACGUACAAGCUCUUCGAACGCUGCAAGACUGUACACAGUGGUUUAUCACUGCCCUGACCCAGUCCGUCAAGCGCAUGCCAUAUAGCAUCCGAUAUCUGGCCAGGGAGACGUUGAUUGCGCUUAAGGAACGGUUCCCAGAUGCUACAGAUACGAUGUAUGCUGCAUGCAUCGGCCGACUGGUCUACUACCGCUGUAUCAAUCCUGCCAUUGUGACUCCGGAGACUUUUGAUUUAGUCUCAAAAACUAUUGACCGCGAUGCUCGUAGAAAUCUGGACCAAAUCUCACGAGUCCUCACACAGAUCACGUCUGGCACCGAAUUCGACGAGGACUCGCCCAUAUACAUUCCAAUCAACGAGUUUGUACGCACGGCUAUCAGAGAGAUGACUGCAUGGUUGCUUGAAGUUGCAAAUGUGCCGGACGCGGAUGUUCACUUCCAUGCCCACGAGUUCCUUGACGCCACUGUUCCACCGAAGCCGAUCUACAUAUCCCCGAAUGAAAUCUACACCAUGCACGGGCUGCUUGGACAAUACCAAGAUGCAAUUGCUCCUCCAUCCUCUAACGACCCUCUCCGCGCGAUCUUGUCUGAGCUCGGUGGUGUCCCCAAUCUGGGUUCGGACGAAUUGAAAGAUGCGAGAGACCAAGCGAUCACUCUUGAACUGACGAAUCGGUUCGCUAAUGUCCGAGACCCACAUGCGGAGGAAAAGACGUUAUGGGUUCAGGCAAAACGAGGCGUUUUGAUGGUCCUCAAAGUGCAUCCGGACGAAAAUCUCUUCGAGGCAUUGUUGCGGGAGGUCACUCCAGACGAUGAGAUGAUUUGGGAGGACAUCUUGGAGAGCGAGGCACAGCAUGAGCAGGCUGGGCACAGCCGACGGCAGCCGUCCACCACGGCUGGCGAUGCUGCUUACCGCUUGGAUGACAUCAGCUCAUUCAACUUUGCGCAUGUCAAGCUGCGCACGAUCGAGUUCCUGAUCAAGCUCGAGAAACUGGGCAAAGUAUCGCGCAGUGAUGGUUUCCAGGGCAUCCUCAACGCGAUCGCUGCCGACGUGCGGAGCAAGCACCGGAAACGGAUCCAAAGGCAGCAGGAGAUGGAGUCGAUGACCGAGGCUCUGCAGCAUCUGGCUGAGAACAAGAAGCAGCUGGAGGAGAAGAUCAACAGCUAUCACAGUUAUGCUGAGGCUGCGAUGCAGACUAUGCAACGCGGUGGCGGUAAAAAACGGAAACAGCUGGUGCUGCCGUUUACGAAGCAGUACUUCCAUCUGCGAGACUUGCAGCGGUCUGGCGAGACGCCGCAGUUCGGGUCUUUCUUGUACACAGCCAAGUACUUGUACGAGAAGGGUAUCCUGCUCUCUGUGGACCAGUUCUCCCCGCGGCAGUUCGACAAGUUGCACAUCACGAUGUCGUCGAACACUCCCGGAGUGUUCACACUCCUGCUCGAGUCGGUUGCGACGGGCAUUACGACCAAGAUUGCGAGCGAGGAUGUGAAGAUGGAGGACCUGCUCCAGGCCAAGUACGAGAAACGGCCGUUUUUGUCGCUGUUCAACGGCAAGGCCAAGGUAAACUUUGAGCGGUUCCUCGUCCAGAUCAACAAGAAAUUUUACACAUGAACCAAGAAACAUGCCAACGACUGCGACGAAUUGCGACGACCUAAUUUCAUCUGUGUUAUCUUACCCACUAUCAUUUGUACCGCUAUGCAUCACUGCCGUGUAUCAGUAAUCGAAUCGAAUUGCUUGUAGAUUUCGUCUCGUAGGGCUACUCGUUUGCGUCGUCAUGGGCUGAAAAUGCCAACUG